AUGGGUAGUUCUGGUUGUCAAGGCCUAUUCUUUGUAGUUCUCUCAAUAAUUCUUGCUUUUACAGCAAUUACCACCAGCAUGCAUUCAAGAACAUCAACAAAAAACUCAAAUCCAUCUCAUCAAUUCACCAAACACGCCCUUACAAUGAACGCUUCUAAAGCUCUUCGAAAUCAAGGUUUCAACAUCUUAGCUACUCUACUUCAAAUCUCUCCUGAAAUUUUCCUCUCCACUCCUCAAUCCACCAUUUUUGCCGUCCAAGAUUCCGCCAUUUCCAAGCUCUCUGUCCCUUCUUGGGCAAUGAAACAGCUCCUUCAGUACCACACUUCCCCUUUCAAGCUCCCUUUUCAACAACUGUUGAAAAAAUCCCAAGGAAGUUGCUUAACGACCCUUUUGUCUCAAAAAAGCAUUGCCAUCACAAAAACUGAUAUAAAACACAAGUCUGUUGAGAUAAACAAUGUGUUACUUUCUCAUCCUGAUUUGUUUCUUGAAGAAAGUCUUUCAAUACAUGGAGUUAUUGGAGCUUUUUCUGAGUUGGAUUUUCAUGCAAUGGACGAACACAGUGACAUUAUUCAAUCACCUAUUUGUGAAAACCAGAUAUCAAAUGCAAGUAAAACUGAUCUCAAGAACUUGGUUGAUUGGCCAAGAGUCAUCAAAUUACUCAGCUCCAAAGGAUAUGUUUCUUUUGCAAUUGAAUUGCAUUCUGUUCUUGAUGGGGUUUUCCAAGAUUCUGCGAAUUUGAGCUCUGUAACUAUCUUUGCUCCACCAAAGUUGGGAUUUUUAUCAUCCCCUUCACCAUUGCUAGAAAGAAUUGUUAGGCUUCAUAUAUUGCCUCAGAGAUACACUUACAUGGAAUUGGCUUUCUUGCCUGACAAUUCAUCCCUCAAGACAUUGGUUCCAGGCCUAAAUGUUACUAUUUCUAAGAGCAAUUUUUCGCGUAUCUUGACCAUUGAUGGAGUGGAGAUUACAGCGCCAGAUAUUUUCGUGUCUAAGACGUUCAUCAUCCAUGGAAUUUCUCGGGUUUUUGAGUUGGAGGAGCUAUCCAUUUCAUUCAGAUAA